GGGUUCGGAGAUUUCUUCUCCGUACCCCGUCGAAACAUACGCAUUCGCCGUUGUGGUGCCCUCGUAUCGUAUUACCGGACACCUACGAGGAACCAUCUUCGCUGUGUGAUGCUUGGCAACUCGCCGGUGUUCUUUCCCUCGAGGGUCGGCGCGACUACGAUGUUGUCUACCGUUCAUAUCGACGUCGAUCAUAGCUCCACAAUAGAUUAGGGCACUAUGUGAAAAAAGAAAAGCAAAAUUAUGCCAAAAUUAAGAUUAGGCCAAGGAUUUUGAGUAAGAGGUGUGUACAAUUCUCGAGUCAUGAAUUCGUGAUCAUGGGCACUUCACCUCGUAGAAGUUGAGAUUACACACUAGGCUGCGUUUGGAUCCUCGGCAAUAAACAUACUAGCCUCGCUUAGUAAGGUGAGCUGUUUGGCACUGCAGCUAAAAUGUUGCUACCGUGGGCAAGAUUACCUCAUUUUAGCUAAAAUGUUUAUUGGGCUUUAGCUGCAAUGGGCUAGCCCAUGCUUAUCAGGCUAGGAAAGUCGAUCAAGGGAUCUGCGCGCGCAUGGCACGAGUAGACACCGACCUGCUCCCAUCAAUUCCAUUGACCCACGGCCCAGGCAAGCCCACUGGCUUAGCUAGUUAGCUUCUCCCCAAUCCUGCAGAUCUUCUCGUCUUCUUCGACGGUUCAAUCCAACGCCUGGUGGUCUCUCUUCGUAGGGGUUCGGGACUUGGGAGGUCUGCGUCGUCGCCGUUGCUGGUCGACGAAUCGCGUCACCCAUGGCGCAUAAAGGGCCCGACGUGCCUGUUGUCAGUGGCAUCAACAGCGGCAGCACGGUGAAGCUCAAAGACCUCGCCCCGGCGGCCACCAACAACGUGAACACGACGUUCAUCGUGCUCGACAAGGCGGCCAGGGCGCCGCCGCCGCCGCCGCACGGCCGCGCCGACGCGAGGGAGGAGACGUGCCUGGCGCUCGUGGCCGACGAGACGGCGGCGGCGCACUUCCUCCUGUGGGGCGCCGAGCGCGACGCGUUCGAGCCGGGCGACAUCGUGCGGCUGACCGGCGGCAUCUUCUCCUACCACAGGAGCAACAGCCUCGUGCUGCGGGCCGGGCGGCGCGGCCGCGCCGAGAAGGUGGGCGAGUUCACGAUGCUGUUCGUCGAGACGCCCAACAUGAGCGAGGUGAAGUGGGUGCGCGACCCCGGCGACCCCAGGAGGAUGGUGCAGGAGGCCGUCGUCUCGCCGCACUCUCAGGUCUUCAAGCCGCUGCAGUGACUGACUGACUGACUGACCAACCAACCUAAGGUUUGGUUCUUCUGUCACUGAAUUUUUUUGUGGCACCGUUGAACAAUUGCUCAAUGUCGAUUAAGGUGUGAUUAGCUCA